GUUGACACAAUUGUAGGUGCACUUUCUGGGGGAAUGAAGAGGAAAUUAUCCCUUGGUAUUGCUCUUAUUGGAAAUAGCAAGGUUAUCAUCCUUGAUGAACCAACCAGUGGUAUGGAUCCAUACUCAAUGCAUUCAACAUGGCAGUUGAUAAAGAAGAUCAAGAAGGGAAGGAUAAUAUUAUUGACAACACAUUCCAUGGAUGAAGCCAACGUUCUAGGUGAUCGAAUAGCUAUCAUGGCAAAUGGUCAUUUGAGAUGCUGUGGAAGCUCCCUUUACUUAAAGCAUAAAUACGGGGUUGGUUACACCCUUACAAUGGUGAAGGCUGCACAUGGUGUCUCUGUGGCUGCGGACAUUGUUCAUCGUCAUGUUCCAACUGCUACAUGCUUAUCUGAUGUAGGUACAGAAAUUUCCUUCAGACUUCCUCUUACAUCAUCUUCUUCCUUUGAGAACAUGUUUCGAGAAAUUGACAGUUGCAUAAGACGACCACAUCUAAGCUCUGAAAAAUGUCACUCCAGUUACAGUGAGGGAAAUUUUGGCAUUGAGAGUUAUGGUAUCUCUGUCACAACCUUGGAAGAGGUGUUCUUGAGAGUUUCAGGGCAGAACUUUGAUGAAAAUGAUAAAAGUGUAUAUUAUGCAUCUCAUACUGGAUCUGAUACAGUGGUUUCUGAAGCUUCCCACGGUACACUGAUAAAACCAACAAACUCAAAACUACCUUUUAGGUUCAAAUGUUCUUCAUAUGGAUUUGUUAUACUCUGGGAAGCACCUGCAGAUUAAUAUUUUCCACAGUUUGUAGUUUCAUAGCAUUUGUUACAGUUAA